AUGAGACCGCUUCUCAACGUCAAUCAAUUAAAUAUAAGUAAUGCUGUCCGUGCUGCACUGAACAAGCAACCAAAUGUUGAAAAGCAAUAUUCUAGAUUGUUUUUUAUGGAUGGACCAGCCGGUAGUGCCAAAAUCUUUACGUAUAAUUAUUUGAUUGCUGGAACAAGCAGUAGAAGUGUUAAAUCUGUUACACCUGCAUGGACUGGCAUAGCAGCAACUCUUCUUACAAAUAGAUCUACGCUGCACGGCUUAUUUAAACCUCCUGUCCCAAUACUGGAUAACAGCACACGUAAUGUGACUCCUAAUUCUAUUCAGGGACAAUUUUUAAGGCAAGUUAGUUUGUUUAUGCUUGACGAGACAUCCAUGAUUCCCAUACACGUAUUAAAUGCAACUGAUCAGUUGUUAAAAGUUGUUUACAACAACAACUUUCCGUUUGGUGGAAAAGUAAUUUUUUUUUGUGGUAAAUUUAGGCAAAUAUUGCCUGUUGUGAAAAGAGGAAAACUAGCUGAAAUUGUAGAAUCAUGUAUAUAA